UUUCAAGCUAAUAUACACGAGGCCUUCUUUUUUAUGACCCUCUCCAAUCUUCUUGCUCAACCACAUCGUCGCUAUGGGAGUUGCAGAGUCCACCGUUUUGCCUGGUGACGAAGAUGCUCGGUUUUCCUCCGGAGACCAUUACAUUGUGCUGGGAGUAUCUGAGGAUGCUAGUUCAAAUGAGAUACGCAGUGCGUUUCGGAAAGCUGCAUUAUUACACCAUCCGGACAAAAACGUAGAUGACAUGGAGCGCGCUACUCAGCGUUUUUCGGCUUUACAAGCAGCGUAUGAGGUCCUCAGCGAUGACCAGAAACGAAUGCUAUAUGACGCGCAGAGAGCCUUCAAGGAGCCAUACAUACCGACAACUACGGAGGAAUUCACUUCAAAAAUGCCCGGGUUUUGGGAGCCGGAGAAAGAAACUCCACCAGCAGCGUCAGGACCUCGCGAUACGCCACGCAAUGGGGUGCCUCCGACUAGCUCUUGGUCUCGGAAAAGUUGGUUCCAACCAAGAGAUCCUUUCCCUCCAGAGUUGGGCCCCAUUGGCUUCGACGACUUGCAUGAUUUUCAUCAUCUCCUCACUCCUGAAUUGCUCGUCGAGGAGGGCCACGAGACAUUCUACAAGCUGUACCGGAGAAUAUUUAUACGCAUCGCGCAGGAUGAGCCAAAUGGCUCCCAAGAUAUGCCAGAAUUUGGCGAUGCCUCGUCUCCUUGGGCACUUCGUAGACGUCCAGCGAAACAGCACGAUGGUUCUGUCCGCGCAUUCUACACGUUCUGGGUCAACUUUGAGACUUCGAAGGACUUCACGGAAGAGAUCGCUUUGGACAUUCCUCCUGAUGCUUCUCGUAAAACAAGAAAACGAGCCCAAGCCGAACGCAGGAAAAUUGGCCAUCAAAUUGGUAUGGAGUAUAACCGAGGAGUGAGAUCUCUUGCUAUGAUGAUACGCAGCGUGGACCCCCGCUACGUUUGCAGGAACUCGCCUUGCGCGUGCAUGGGAUGUUACGCUAGGGCAAUGGAGUCGCGAAUGGGUUGAGAAUGGUGCCAUUUUCAUCGGGUUGAACGACGUGAGUAGGUGUCUCAAUGAUUUUCGCCAAAUGUUCGUUGCUUCGCUCUAUGCUGGUUCAGAUCCUUGCGCAUACAGCAGUUCGUCAAAUGCAUGUAGUCCAUCUGCAAGCUUGACUGUGCUGGAAUCUACUAUACAGUGCGAUGUAGCACAAUAAAGCCGCUGGUAGUAACGAUAGCACGAUCUUGACUUGCAGAUGUCGAUCGAGGUUUGUCCUCGUUGUAUAAUAUAUCGAUGAUAAAGUCUCAUACACUCGGGCCAUUCAACCGAGAUGAGAUCCAGAUCCUAGCCGG